AUGUCGGGGGGGCACGCGAACAGCCGCGAUCAGGACAGGGAGGACCGCCGAUUGGCGGAGAUGGACGCGAUGGGGUCGGAGGUGUUCAACCUGAAGCUCGCCGUACAGGAGUACGAGGACCGACUGGCGAAGCUGUACCAGACGGAGGACCGCUCCAAGUGGCGGGGGCCAGCGACCCUUCUCACCGAUCUGGAAGCCGCCGACCGGGAGGUAGACCGCUUGGAAAACACGGUCUCGAAGCUAAGGGACCAGCUUCACGGGGUAAGCGGCGGCGGCAGCAGGAGCAGCGAUGGCGACGGCCGUGGUGGCGGUAGUGGUGGUGUUGACAGCGAGUGCGACUCCAUGUUGUGGCCCGACACGCCACGGCAUCAGGCGAGCUUAGAGGAACUCCGAGAGCAGAUUGCCGGGCUCGAGGAGGACAACAGAGUCCUCGCUGGUGCGGCCGGUUGGGAGCUGUGUGGCGCAUCAGAGGGGGAAGAGGAUGACGCGUUGCUAGUGCCAACGGGGCCAAGCCAGCGGGUACAGGCGAUCGAAGGAUUGAGCAACAAGAUGAAGAAACUCUCCGCGCUGCUCGACUCGACCUUGGAGAGGGAAGCUGACGCCAGAGCGGCGGCAGAGGACGCCUAUUCGAGGAUGGACGAUGUGAUCGCGAGGACGGAAGAACUGGAGGUAGCUGUGUCGCUCUACAAGAAGGAGAAGGAAUCUGCAGAGGGGCGCGAGAGCGCCCUCAGGACCGAGAUGGAAGAAGAGCGCAGCAGGGCCGCGAACAGACCGCCGCCGGCCGACAAGGGAGGGGAGGGGGAGGCGGUGUCGGCGGGGGCAUGGGUGGAGAAGGCCUCGAUGAGAGCUUCUACGGGAACGAACACGGAAGAGGAUUGGCCCGCCGUCGAUGCCGCCAGCCAUAAGUUGGAGGCCCUUGAGGCGGACGUGACGCGAUGGCAGGAGGCCUGCGACCACGCCAGCGCCCAGAUGUUGAAGGAAAAAAGCCUGGCGGAGGAGACCGCCCGACAGCUGUCGGAGAAGGAGGCCGCGGUGCGAGAGCUGAACGCCAGAAUCACGGCAAUGGAGGCAGCGGCGGCAGAAGCGGCGGCGGAAGCGGCGGCCACGGCGGCGGCAGCAGCAGCGGCUCCUUCCGCUGUUGGUGCGGGCGGUCGUUCUCCGACGGGCCUCCGACAGGACGAGCUUCCCUGCGAGCGACCGAUCGAGGAGGCGAGUCGGAGCGAUGGCGGCGGUAGCCGUAGCAGUGCCAACACAGUGGGGCCCCGAACCCCCGAAGGAGACGAAACCGUCUCCAGCAACCAAGAAGGAGUGAUGGAAGGAGAUGGCGUUUCAUCGUACGCUCCUCCUGCGUCUGCUGCUGCCGCCGCCGCCGCCGCCGCCACUGCUGCUGCGCGCAGCGACAGCGACAGCGGUUCCGUGAGGUCCGCCGCGCUGACGGACGGCGCCGGGACGUGGAAGGGUCGGGCACGGGCGAGCGUGGACACGGUCACCGCUGUCGACGACGCCGUCGGGAGAAUCACGCCGGGGGCGGGCGCAGCAGACGACGGAGAUGACGACCUUGAUGUCUCGUCGUCGUCAUCGCCAUCGUCACGGUGUGAGGGAGACAGCCACGGCCGAGCUGAUGGAGAACUGGGGGUGACGGCGGGGUCGGCGUCGGCGUCGGCGGCGGGUUCACCAUCAGGCCUCGUGUCAGGUGAAGAUGAAUUCCACGGCGACAAGAGGGUUGGGCAAGGGGAGAGGCAUGGCGGCACACGGCGGCGGCAGCAGCAGCAGCGGUCGCCCCGGGGGGCGGACGCAAGGUGCAAGACGAAGGAGCCUGCCGGAGGGCGAGGGAGGAUGCAGGCGGGGGAACAGCAGUUGCGGCAGAAGCAGAACGAUGCCGAAACGCUCGACCUCGAGUAUCUAUCUGGGUCGUCUGGGUCAUCGGGAAGGAGGAGGACGAGGAGGAGAAGGAGGGAAGAAAUCGCGUCCCUUGUUGGCGGCGGCGAUGGUGGUGGUGACAUCGACGAGGACGAGCUCUCGACGGCGGAUUGCUCCGCGGAGACGGGAGUUGGCGGCGGCGGCGGCGGCGGUGCUGGUGGCGGUGGUAACGCUGUCGGGGUUGGCUUCGACGUCACCUCGGAGGUUCAGGAAGAAGGGGAGGAGGACGGGCGAGGGCAGGAAGGGGAACAUCAACCGGUCGGUGUACGUCUAGAUCGAUCUGACGGGGUGGACAGGAAAGACCAACGGCUUGCGUUCGGUCGAGAAGCAGCACACGCCUUGCCGCCGGUGUCGCCUGCGGCGGAGGACGACGCGGAGCAGCAGCAGCAGUACAGUGAUUGGCAGAACACGCAAGACCAAGGCACAAGUGUCAUCAGCCCGGGACAGCGCCCAGCAACAGGAGCAGCAGCAGCAGCCGUAGUCUUGGGGAGCGACGAGCUCGCCGCGGCUACCCAACGCGCGGAGAGCGCCGCCCUCCGGGCCGAGGCCUCCGCGCAGCGGGCGGCCCUUGCCGCGAAGAGCGCCCGCGUCGACCGAGAGGGGGCCGAGAUGUCGGCGCUGGAGGCAAACGCGGCGGUGGCGGCGAUGGCGCAGGGGACGAAGUCCGCCACCGGCGACGGCGCGGACCCUGCCGCAACGGCCGCCCCCGUUCACGGGUCGUUUGGAGGCGGACACGUGUCGCCGUGUCCACCGGCCGGCAGAGAGUUGCUGGCCGUGGGCUUGCCCCACCAGGAGCAGGAGCAGCCGCCGGCAGCAGCAGCCUCUGUGGUGGACUCUGCAGAAGGCGCAGGCCGCGCCCCGGACGGUAGGCGGGCGGCGCGGCGGGCGAGGAUGACCGCCCGGCUGGAGGCGCUGGCGGCGGCGACGGACGCGGAGAGGAGGGCAGGCAGCAGCAGCAGCAGCAGCAGCAGCAGCAGCAGCAGCAGCAGCAGCAACCGCAACAGCAGCCGCAGCUGCAGCGGCGCGCUGCUGUCCCCGUGGAACGGAGGAGGAGCGGCAGCGGCGACCGCCGGCACCACCGCCGCCGCCCCGCAGGUGAAGGACCACUACCACCAGAGGUCCCGUGACGGCAUGAUGCACCACCACCGACCGGCGAGGGAAGAGGACACAGAGGCGUCGUCCCCCGGCAGCGGGACCACGCGGAGCUCGGAGACGGGCUCGGAGAGGUUGCGGGCGUCCGGCCGUGCGCAGGACGUGGACUACUGGAACCGGCCGGCCACGAUGGCGGCGGCGAUGGCGGCGGUGGCGGCAGUCGCAAGAGGAGAUGAAAGCGCGCAACGCGCACGGAGAACGGGAGGGGCGAACCUCAAGCCUUCGGCGGCGUCCUUGGUGAACGGAGAGGGUGAGAUGGGCAAGAGGAUCGCUACAACAGGCGGGGCUGCAAGAGGCGAAGUUAUCGAUGUGCUGAACAACGACCACGGGUCGUUUGCAGGCACUCUAACGGGGAGGAGUUCAUUCGAGGCAUCAUUCGGUGCCCCGCCGCCGCCUUUGAGCGAAGCGGCAGCAGCCGUAUCGCGUGAGGCAUCACGGCGACGGCAGCGGAUACUCAAGCACGUGGAGGUGGGCCGCGGAGGGCAGGAACACUACCACGACGCCGCCGCCGCCGCCGCCGUCGCCGCAGCCGCCGCAGCCAGGUCCAACAGUCCUGCCGAGACGGCGAGCCCCCCGUACGGCGGGGUACCCGCCGAUGCUUCUGCCGCGGACAGCGACGCCCCCGUUGUCGUGGACGAUGGCUUCUACGGAGAUUGCUUCUCUCCUCUGAUGCGUCGGUCGGCCUUGGCCAUGCCCCCAAGAACCACCCCCCCCUCUCGAGGGUGGGAUGGCGGGGGGGUGGGUACCUCCAGGCCUAAGGCCAAGACCACCAAGAAGAGGAAGAAUCGGUCGACUGCCGCCGCCGCGGGUAGCACGCUGAAGAUGGACCGGCGACGGGUCAUGUGCCGCUUCCAUGCUCACGGCGGCCGCUGCGCGAGGGUGUGCGCGAGCUCUGCUUGCCCUUGCGGGGGGGGGCAGCAGCAGGCGCCGAAGGCGACGACGCCCGCGGCGGCCGCGUGGCGGUUGCCUCGCGCGCCCAUCAGUGCGUGGCGGUGAGAGCGGGGGUGUGCGCGUGCGUGCGGUCGUUCGUUUGUUUCGCUGCGUUUAAUGGCACGUGGGCCCAUCAUCCGGCGCGUGCGCGUGAUCGUCCAGUCCUUAUUUAUCCAUGGAGAGGCGCGACCAUACUUGGCUGCAAGUCGGAGGUGGAUGUUACGGUCGGGCGGUUCGUGUCGAACGACGACACGAUGUAUGAUAGCAUUUCGCGGCGUUCAUUUUCCUCUCUGCAAUACAGGGGCUUUGGAUGAUGAUUCUGCCGUAACAAAAACACGGCAUCGUGUACUCGGAAUUAUUUGGCAGUAUACGCGUGUUUAGCUUGUGCUGUGUGUGAGCUACAUAGCGGUUGCACCGAACGGCGAGGAGAGUCGAUCGACCGAUGCACCGCGCCGCGAGUCCCGCCGUGCCCUCCUACGGAAGGAUGCCCAAUCGUUCUCUUUCUCCAAGCACCAGCACCAGCAGUUGCAGCAGCAGAGGGAGCACGCGAAGACGGCGCUGGAGGAAUGCUCACAGUAGUGUGCGAUAAAGAAGAGGGUUGACCGUUCCCGAGAGGGUUCCUCUGUUUAGCGGUACAGCGGUGCACUAACGUUUGGUUUCUGUAUUCAAGGCGGCUGCCGCAUGUCAGACGAAGUUUUGACGCAAUCAUAUCGGUGUGCCCGGUGCAAGUUCACGCAAGCUAGGGGAGGAUAUAAGUGUUCUGCUGUUGUGCAUGAUGUAAGAUUCGACCAAUGAAUAGUCUAUACCCCCCUUGAGAGGGCUCCUUUCGGUUCAUUUUUUUUUAUUUUUGGGCGGGGGACGUUCAGAGUACUUCCGCGUGCUGUUUAAUUGUCUAGUGUGAUUGCCGUGCAAUAAAAUUAUGUCCCUGGUUUUUCGUUUGUGGGGGAUAGUCUGCACAUUGAUAUCGCAAUUUGCGACCGGUUGAGUUGGAAUGCAUCUCCGACGACGCGGACAGGUAUCUAUGCGUACAACAUCUUUUAGGUAGGGUGACUAAUGGUACCAUCUUUUUUAGUGGGACAGCCUUGGUGAUAGGGCACACGCUUAGUGCCGUGUGUAUAUCUGCAACGAACGGCAGCCAAUAGCUGUUGUUGCCGAC